AUGCGAAUCGAUGGCCAUGCUGUCGCCGGCGUCAACUUCACGUGCCGCUGCCGCGUCUCCCCGACGGCUCUGCGCUCGCGUCCUCGCGGAUCUGGUCAAUACGCGCUCUGCAACAUUGGCGAGGGUCUUUUCGCCGUUUGUCGCGUUGCGCUGAGCUCAGCAGCCGGCUCCUUUGCCACCCAAGAGCCCCUGGCGGACGCGUCCGUGACACUGCGACGGGAUUCACGGGCUUUUAAGGAGUUGCAGUCGUCUCUGCUUGUUCACAACAGCGAGGCAACUGAUAUCAAUACUGGAAACAGCUAUGGGCUGCAGUGGAUCUCUCGUGCAGCCGUACGCACCGCUGUGGCCGCGACGCUGGAGCUGAUCCCCUCGUCCAAGUCUCAGCUUGAGCACCAACGGCUGCGCGACCCAGACACCCGCGCUUUGCUACAGCAGACACUGCAGCGCAACUUUAUUGUAUGUGCCGGAGCAAGAGUAAGACUUCCGACGCUGAACGGACUCGUGGCGGAGAGCAGAGGCCUAGAAGAGGAAGGGCGGCGUGAGGUGAUGACCUUCCGUGUGGUGUCGACGUAUCCCGCUGGAGGGUUCGCUCGUGUGACGGCUGCCACGCGUGUGACGUUGACAGAUCAGAGCGAAGGAGUGAAGGUGGGAGGCAUGGAGGACGAGCGUGCUGCGCUUCGUGAGCUGAUUCUGCUACCGGUUGCCCACCCGCGACUGCGCUCGGAUUUGGGUGUGGAGUUCCCUAAAGGCGUGCUGCUCUGUGGCCCGCCAGGUGUGGGCAAGACUCUGCUUGUCCGAUCGGUGGUGCAUGAGUGCCGUCAAGUGCAAGAUGCGUCUGGUGCGACCUUGGAUCUUAAUCUACAGGUGAUCAACGGAUCUGAGAUUAUGACUAGCGGGCGUGGAGAUGCAGAGCAGGCUCUUCGGUCAACGUUCGAGACGGCUGUGGUUCAUGCUCGUAGUGCACGUCACGCUGCCAGUGUCAUUUUCAUCGAUGAGCUGGACGCCCUCUGCCCAAAGCGCGAGGCUGCUGGAGGAGGCGCCUCGUCAGCCCACAGCCGAAUUGUUGCUCAAUUGCUGACACUGCUGGAUGGUGUGGAAGGCGGUCUAUCGCGCGAGAAUGUCGUCGUUGUCGCUGCCACGAAUCUACCCAAUUCCAUUGACCCAGCUCUGCGACGGCCGGGUCGAUUCGAUCGCGAAAUCUAUGUGGCACCACCUAACACCGCGCUGCGCAAAAAGAUUUUCAAGGUUCAUCUUAGCAGGACGCCCUACGCUCUGAGCAGCGAUUCUCUGGAUGAUGCGGAGGCUCGACGUGAUGUCUUCCUCGAUAGAUUGGCUGCGAAAGCCGUCGGAUACGUUGGUGCCGAUAUCGCUGCUUUGUGUCGCGAGGCUGCAAUGGUGGCUUCAACGCGGCAGCUUGUGGCUCUAUCUCGGGAUCGCGAACUGGAACAGUGGUGGGCAGACUGGAAGCGCCGAGUAGAGCCUCUGAGUGCUCUGCAGAACGCGUCAUCAACCCUAGGCGCUGUGGUUGCUGGUCGUGCUUGGCACGCCAAUCCAACUGCGAUUAUUCCACUGUGGUUUCUGGCUAAGCAAAGCAACCAGCAUGAUAUCGAUAAAACCGCGGAUAGCACGAGCCUACCGCAGUCUGAUCGGGAGUAUUUCGGUUAUCUAUUAGGUAGCGAAGGCAAACGUACCUUUGCCCCUGCGCAUCACGGUGAGCGCGACCAGAAGAAGAUCGAAGCAUUUGAGGUGACCAUGGAGGACUUUGAGCAAGCGAUGCAAACCGUUGUACCGUCAGCUCUUCGAGGUGCCAGCGGAUUUACUAAGGACUUCGAGCGACAAGGCUGGGAUAGCAUUGGCGGUCAGGCUGAGACCAAGUUGGCGUUGCAGCAGGCACUCGAAUGGCCUAUUAAAUUCCCGCAGACGUUUGCUCGACUGGGAGUCAAGCCACCCCGUGGUGUAUUGCUCUACGGCCCACCUGGCUGCAGUAAAAGUUCAAUCGUCCGUGCAGCUGCUCACUCCAGUGGCGCUACGUUCCUGUCGCUGUCUGCAGCCCAAGUGUUUUCGCCGUUCUUCGGUGACGCAGAGGCUGCAGUGCGUCAAGUUUUCCGCGAUGCGCGUGCGGCCCUUCCAGCCAUCAUCUUCUUUGACGAGAUCGAUGUCAUGGUUGCCAAGCGUGAGUUUGAUGGAUCAGGCGGUGGAGAGGGCGGCUCCUCCACUGCCAUGCGCGUGCUGUCAACAAUGCUCAACGAAAUGGACGGCGUUGAGUCAGCCGAAGGGCCCCUGGUCAUCGGUGCAACUAAUCGACCAGAUUGCAUCGACGCAGCACUCAUGCGACCUGGGCGGUUUGAUCGCAUCCAGUUCGUCGAUCUACCCGUUGAACCUGAUCGUGUUGAUAUUCUGCGAAUUCACUCGCGUCCCAUGCAACUUCACAACGACGUCGACUUGUUGGAGCUGGCAAAGCGCACGCCGUUCUUCAGUGGAGCUGAACUCGAGAACCUUUGUCGCGAGGCUGCAUUGCUUGCGUUGCGCGAGUCUCUGGAGGCCGAGAAGGUCUGUAAGCGGCAUUUCGAAGAAGCACUUCGCGGUAUUACUCCAGUGUCAUCCAAGGAGUCCAUGCGCGACUACAUCGAGUUUGCAGAGGCCAUGGGGCACCUGUCAUAG